ACCCCAGUAGCACAUGAGCCACUCAAAAUUCACCCACUAAGAAAAACCCGCGCAAUUUUGAACUUUAUUUAUUCCACUCUCCUCUUCUUCUCUCCCCCCCAAAUUCCAAAAAUAUCAGGAGAGAGGGAGAGAGAGAGAGAGGAGAGAAUGAAGGGUUCAGUGGCGAGACACUUGACAGUUCAGAAGCUAGGGCAUGUCUCUUUCAAGCCUCUCCAACAAUCCUCCUUCUCUAUCUCUUUAUCUGAUUCGUUCCGCUUCCAGAGUCUCCUCGAAUCCGAAGCUCAAUCCGCAGAUUCAAUAAUUCCUUCUUCAUCACCGCCUCUCGAUAUCGACAUUGAUUCCAAUGUAGACGACAAAGAUUUCAUUCUCAGUCAGGAUUUCUUUUGCACUCCUGAUUAUAUCACUCCGGACGGUCAAUAUAUAUCAAACAGUUUGGAUUGCAACAAGGAGAACAUUGCUUGUCCCAAGUCACCAGAGAAAAUAAAAACUGUCAAAAGCAAAAGGCAAAGGCAGGAUGGUUUUAAUUUAUCUUGCCAUGAACAAGUUGUAGAACUUGCCAAAGAUACUUUUGGAACAGAUGAAAUCAAUACAGAGAAAGCAAUAGGAACUGAACCUCAGUCUGUUUGUUUCCAGCAAAUUGGUAAUGGAAACUUCAGCUGUGUUUUCAAAGUCUUGAAGAGAAUUGAUGGUUGCUUUUAUGCAGUGAAAAAAAGCACAAGGCUGUUACAUCAGGAUACAGAAAGGAGAAAAGCUUUGAUGGAGGUUCAAGCUUUGGCUGCUUUAGGAUUCCAUGAAAACAUAGUUGGAUACUAUUCUUCUUGGUUUGAAAAUGAGCAGCUAUUUAUCCAGAUGGAGCUCUGUGAUCACAGUCUAUCCAUUAGAAAACCUUCUAAAUUAUCCACAGAGGGGGAGGUGUUGGAAAUAAUAUAUCAGAUAGCCAAGGCACUUCAAUUCAUACAUGAGAAAGGGAUAGCUCACCUAGAUGUAAAGCCUGAUAAUAUUUAUAUUAAAAAUGGAGUUUAUAAGCUUGGAGAUUUUGGGUGCGCAACUCUCCUUGAUAGCACCCUGCCAAUUGAAGAAGGCGAUGCACGUUAUAUGCCCCAAGAAAUACUCAAUGACAAUUAUGAUCAUCUUGACAAGGUUGAUAUCUUCUCCUUAGGAGCUGCCAUCUAUGAGCUUAUUAGAGGGUCAGCAUUGCCAGAAUCAGGGUAUCUUUCUUUGAAUCUCAGGGAAGGAAAAUUGCCUCUCCUUCCCAGCCACUCAGUGCAGUUUCAAAACUUACUCAAGGCCAUGAUAGACCCAGAUCCGGUUCGGAGACCUUCUGCCAAAGAACUGGUGAAAAAUCCAAUUUUCGACAGGGACCAGAGGACUGGAAAAAACCAUUAUAGCUAGUUUUCUACAUUUAGAUUUUGGCAGGGGCUGGAAUGGAUGCUGCAUAGAAGUUAUGAUGUGCCCAGUUUGUCUAUCAGUCCAGCAAGACGGCCAUGCUGAGAAAGAUUGUGCAUGGCCCAGUUUUGUUACAUUACAUUGGUUCUCUGGUAUUUGCACCAAAUUUUCCCCUUUGGAUGGUGUGCUGGUUUUGUAUAAAAGAAGAUAGCAACUGGAGGAGUGUUGUAUUUUCCUGAUAAUUUGGUAAUGCAUUGCUAGUUGAAAAGUC